UGCAGAAAGGGUGUACGUCGUACAAAGUGGUGAAAUAUUUAUUAAAAUAAUUAUAAAGUAUUUAUAAAAUACAAAAAUUUUAAAGUUUUCAAAAAAAAGCAAAAUUUCUUGCAAAUUUGUAUAAAUUAUUAAAACUCAUAUUUAUUAUAAAGUGAAAAGUUGGUUUAGAAAUAUCAACGCACACUUAUCUUGACGGUGACUCAUCACUGCUCAUAAGCAAUCAAAACAAAAACAGUGGACGCGUAAAAAAUACAACAAAAAAAAACUUUCAAGGCACACCAGUUGAUUACAACGUUAACGCAAGAUAUAAAAACAGUUGAUAAAAGAAAAGAAUUUGUUGGGUGACGUCAUUACUAUUUGUUAUAUAUUUUCUAAAAAUAGAAAUUUUAUAUUAAGAUUAAAAUGAAAACAGUUGUAUCCGCUGUUAAUUCGAAUACAACGCCAAGUAGUGCUACGACUAUUACCGCUAAUACAGUUCCUUCGGUAACAGUUAUGCCCAAACCAGAGGUAAACAUUAAUGGAGAAAUGCCAUUUUCAUCUCCAAAUAGUGAUGGUACAGUUAACAAUGCAGUUGCGGUAACUGGUGGCAAUACUAACAAACGUCCCAUAUCUUUGGAUUUAAAUAAAUCUACACCAGCGAAAAAAACACGUUUAGUGGGACCACAACUACAAAUAAUAAAUCCAUCAGAAUUGCCAAGUGCAAAAUCGAUUAAUACACCUGACUUGGAAAAAAUCAUACUAUCAAGUAAUCUUCUAAAUACUCCACAACCAGGAAUGGUUUUUCCUACUAAAGUAGGACCGGUUACUUCUGAGCAGGAAGCUUUUGGCAAAGGUUUUGAUGAAGCACUACAUAGUCUGCAUAAUAGUAAAAAUGCACAAGCACAACUUAACAGUAACAAUGGAACUACAACUGCUGUUACUGCUGUUGCCACGACAACUGCCGGCACUGGCAUGAGUGGCGGUUCAUUUACAUACACUAAUUUAGAAUCCAGUUUCCCUGUAGCUAUUAAAGACGAACCACAAAAUCCUCCCACACCACCUUCAAUUGAUCCAAUUGAUAUGGAAUCACAAGAAAAAAUAAAAUUGGAACGAAAACGUCAACGUAAUCGUGUUGCUGCUUCGAAAUGUCGCAAACGUAAGCUUGAACGUAUUUCCAAAUUGGAAGAAAAAGUAAAGAUACUUAAAGGUGAAAAUGGCGACCUUGCAUCAGUCGUUAAAAAUCUUAAAGAUCACGUAGCGCAAUUAAAGCAAAAAGUUAUUGAUCACAUCGAAUCGGGUUGUAAUAUUCAACAGGUGUGUAAUGGUAGCGCUUUACUACAAGGCAAAUAACAUGAGGAUAUAGUUUUA